AAUGCACUCCGCAUGACGUGGAGAUUCUUUACCUCCACGUCACGCAUUAAAAUUGUGUAAUGAACAGCUAGCCUCGGAUUAUCCCUUAUGUAUCGGUGAUUAUUGGAUAUUGGAUGGACAGUUGCUGGAAUAAUCAUAUUAUUGGAAUACUUUAGAAAUUACAUAUCACAAAUCUCCUCAGAGUACAGUGCUUUAGCCAUGUUCCUAUUGUGACAUACUUUCAUUUCCUGUUCCUGUCUUUGACCCUUGUGAUCAGUUGUUUCCACCGUGCUCUUAUUGUGACAUUACACAGCUGCACUGUACUGAUAGGUUUUAAUGUACAGUACAUACCUUUAAGUAAGUAAUUGAAUUGUAUUUUGUUGUUAUUCUUCUUUUUGUUGGAUUUUUUUUUUUGUAUUUUUCAUGUGGCUUCUCACAGAUCACUGUGAUUUUUUUGCCUGUGGAUUUCUGUCUCAUCCCAUUCCAAUGGCUACAACAGUCUGCAGUUCUAAACCACCAGGGUGACAUGCCUGGUGAUUAUGCGGGCCAUGGAAAAACUGGGACGUUUUUAGCUUCCAGGUGUUACAGAUCUUUAAAACACAGGGGCCUGAAUUAUCAUGAGGUGAUAGUGCUGGCAAAUUGCACUGCAGUGGACUCUAGAGCAUGAAUAUAUAUUUGUGUGUAACAAACCACAUUUUAGUCUAGAGUUUCUUAUAAGAACAAACUUAUUAGAACAAACCAUGGCUAUGUAAUAUUAUUGUAUGAGCAUCCUGUAGAUGUACCACAGCACUUAUUUCUACUGUAAUUGCUCCAGGUUCUUGGAGCAUGAUAAACACUGCUAUAUGGAGAGCUGGUGUGGUGUAAUUGCCCAUUUCCUGUGUGCAGGAGUGCCCUGGCUGGUGUUGGCGAGGCAGCAGGACUGCCUGACUGCAGGCGAUUCAUGCUCCAGUGAUGAGGCGUGCAGUCCACGACUACGCACUCUGCGUCAGUGUGUGGCAGGCGGAGGGAGUGUGAAGCUGGGGCCAGGGGCUCGUAACCACUGCGAAAACGCGGUAACCGCUCUGCUAGCCAGUCCUCUUCACCGCUGCCAGUGUAAACGUGGCAUGAAGAGGGAGAAGAACUGCCUCAGCAUCUACUGGAGCCUCAAGCAGUCUGUAAUACACGGACUGAACCUUGUAGAGAAUUACCCAUAUGAGCCUGUCGAGCGAGGGUUUGAUUAUGUUCGGCUGGCUUCCAUCGCUGCAGAGUCUGACGCGGGUAUGGCGACAGUGAAUCAUUGUCUGGAUGCGGCUAAAGCCUGCAAUGUGGAUGACACAUGCCAGAAGCUGCGCACAGAGUAUGUGUCGGCCUGCAUAACCCCAUCAGUGAGAGUGGGGUCUUGUAACCGCAUGCGCUGCAACAAAGCCCUGCGAAAGUUCUUUGACCGUGUGCCACCUGACUACACACACGAGUUGCUGUUCUGUCCGUGCUCAGACACAGCAUGCUCUGAGCGCCGGCGCCAGACCAUCGUCCCUGCAUGUUCAUAUGAGGAAAGAGAAAAACCCAACUGCCUGGUUCAGCUCAGCAGCUGUGAGGAUGACCUUGUGUGCAAAUCUCGUUGGGCCCAGUUCAAGCAUGACUGCCAGCCUUCAGAGCUCACUGCCAGCAGCUGCCAGCAAGAGAACUAUGGGGCCUGCCUCAUUGCCUACACUGGCCUGAUAGGAACCCCUCUCACCCCAAACUAUUUGGAUAACUCCACAUCUAAUGUGGGGCCAUGGUGUUCGUGUGCAGCCAGUGGGAAUCACAGGGAGCAGUGCUAUGACUUCCUUAUCCAUUUCCAUGAAAACACAUGUCUAAAAAACGCUAUCCUUGCCUUUGGCAAUGACACUGACUCCAAAUCAGCAGCUAACCAGCCAGAUGCAGCCAGUCCAAGGACCAAUCAACGCCUAGCUACCAGUACCAUAACCACUACCACCAUCUCAAUUAACGUGGAGAGCCAGCAGAACAUCUUCCAUCCACAAAUACCCACCCAGAUGAAUGAGAAAGACAGACUGUUGAGUGAAUCUACCCUCCCAUUACCUGAUCUGUACGACAGCAGCCCUGGAUGCACUGACCUGGCAGUGACAGCUUUUCUCCCCACCAUCCUGUUGCUGGCUCUUCAGUUCUAGAACCAAGCUGGCCAAUCACAGCUCAGCAGCAUGGAGUUGGGUUGGGACAGUGUGUGAGGCUUUUCAUCAAACCCCCUCUGGUGAGAAAAAGAGAGAACUAUCCAGAAAAAAGACUAUGGCCCAAGUUUCCAGCCCACAGUGUGAAGUAGUGAUUUAUUUUAUGAGCACAGUUCUAUGACUGAUAUGCGAAACUGAACUGGAGUAAAGAGUGUGUGUAUAUAUGUGUGUGUGUGUGUGUGUGUGUGUGUAUAAAACUUUCUAUGAAGGAAAAAAGAAAAAAAGAACACAUUUUGAAGUGCAAAAAACUUAAAUAACUCUGUGGCUUAUCAUAUAGUCCCUAAUCAUUAUUAUGUCAAUACAUAUUUUUUCAGAUACAGUGAUUUUGGUACACCUGUAUUGACUAAUCAGGUCAGUUCUGCAGCAUGCAUAAGGGACAAAGCACACAUUGAUCAGUGUCUAGCUCGAGAGCUGUAAUCAUACACUAGUGUUUGUGGUGUUGAUGACUCUUCACAGUAAGACAAUUUAUUCUGAUGGAAUCGCAGGGAUGUUUAAAUAAUAUGAUGUACUUUAUUUUUGUAAUGUGUACAAAUUAUUCAUUUAUCAUUAGUGAUAUUCUCUCUUGUUACAGUCAUGAGUUUUGUCUUCAGUGAUGUCUGCAAAUUGCAUACCUUUGCUUUAACCUGAGACUUACUGAACUGCCAUGUAUUUGA